AUGAGUUGUCAAGUCUUUUCUUCAGCUGACACCUUCAUCCCCUUGACUUCUGAUUCGUCUCCCACUCUGCCUCUAAUAAUGCAUCAUAGUGCUGCAGAGUGCUUGCCCGUCUCCAAUCAUGCCACUAAUGUGGUGUCUACAGGUACCGUUUCUCUUAUUCCAACCCUUAAAUAUGCCCAUAUAUGCUUUUCCAUGGCUACUAUGGGAAAUAUGCCUCCAGGUCUGCAUUAUUCUGUUCCUUCUUGUCAUUAUGGAAACCAACAAACUGCGUAUGGGAUGAUGGCAGGUGGUCUCACUCCUUGCCUAUAUAAAUUCCCUGAGCAUGCUCUAAGUGCCAGUUCAUGUGCUCUAGGCCACAGCUUUACUUCCAUGCAUCCAUCUCUACUUGGAGCUGAUCCUACCACUGAUUUUAAACAGGAAUUUCAGAAGAAGGCCAAGUCACUUGAUGAACCAAUAGAUAUGGAUUCUCCAGAAAUAAGAGAAUUGGAAAAAUUUGCCAAUGAAUUCAAGUUGAGAAGAAUUAAGCUAGGCUAUACACAAACAAAUGUUGGAGAAGCUCUAGCUGCAGUGCAUGGCUCUGAAUUCAGCCAGACUACUAUUUGCCGGUUUGAAAACUUGCAACUGAGUUUCAAGAAUGCCUGCAAACUAAAAUCCAUAUUAACUAAGUGGUUGGAGGAAGCAGAACAAGUAGGAGCUCUAUACAAUGAAAAAGUUGGCAUGAAUGAACGGAAAAGAAAACGCAGAACCACCAUUAGUAUUGCCGCAAAAGAAGCUUUGGAAAGCCAUUUUGCAGAACAAAGCAAACCUUCAUCUCAGGAGAUCAUGAGAAUGGCAGAGGGGCUCAAUUUGGAAAAGGAAGUGGUGAGAGUUUGGUUCUGCAAUCGAAGACAAAGAGAAAAGAGAGUAAAGACAAGUUUACACCAGAACACAUUUAAUUCCAUUAUUAAGGACCAUCAAGAGUGCUAGAAUUCUUUCCACAGACAAAUAGAUUUCUUAGCUUUGUUUGAAAAACUUCUUGCCUCCUUUCACCGACAAAGAAAAUAGCAUACCUUUAUAAAUGUAUUUAAUAAUGAAACGUUUAUGUAUUUCUUUAAGUGCCUUUACUUAAAAGAAGACAUUAAAACUGUAUUCUUCAAAAAUGAUUGAGAAGAACACUUCACACUUCCCUGCUAUUCUUUAAGAUGUUUUUUUUUUCAGGAUUCUACACCAGCCAUAAAAAGAAAUUUAGCUAUUUAAAAGUCAUAUCAACCUUAAAUUAUGCUUAUGCAACUUCUAGGUCAUUCUUCAAAAGGGUCUAUUGCUCAGGAAGACCUAUCAUAUUAGUGCAGAAAGGCAAGAUAUUCAGAAAGCUCAAAAAAUGCAUUUUUUCCCUGUUAUGAAGACUGCUUGGUCACUUUAUUGCCUACAUUUUUAGUUUUUGUAAGAAGUAUUUCUUGGUGCUGGAAAGGAAAACAUAAUAUUUGUUAAAAAUAUCAAAUAUACCAAUAAAUUAAGUCAAUAAUAUGUUCUCUAGAUUUAAUUAAAUCAAGUUUUAAAAAUUGUAUAUUUAUUUUUAAAUGGGAAGCAUUAUGCCAAGUUCCAUUUGGAAUUUGAAGAUCCAGUUGGUAGCCUGGUACUAUCUAUCUCAUUCACAAAAUGGCUAUCACUAAACAAUAAAACUCCUGAUCCCCAACUUCAAAUCAGAUACAAAAAAAAAAAUGAUUAUGGUAUCUAUAUACUGUAGUUGUAUAAUCCAAUACUUAAUUGGCAUCAUUUAUAGUUAAGAUGAAUUAGUAUAGUACAUUACAAUAUAAAGUAUUUCUCUCUCUUACAAGGGCUGGAAAAAUUGCAGAAGUUCCUAAAGCAGGAAGAUAUGAGAAAACAAACAAACAAACAAACAAACAAAUUGAAAAGUUGCCAAGUUAAAUUCUGCCUCAUAUUGGGUGCAUUUUUCCUGUAUGCUUCUUCUAUUAGAUGUUCCCUUUAAUCUGCAAUUAUAGAAUAAUUAAUUUUUAAACAUAAUUUUCAAUAUUUCAGCUGAGGUAGUAUUUUUAAGAUAUUUUUCACCAGAUGAAUUAUUUCUCCUCAUUACUAAGUUUAUUCUAUACAAAUUAUUAUAGAUGUUUUGCAAGCAAAAAAAAGAAAACAAAGAUUUUUUAAAUUGCAAUUCUUUUUCAAAAACUGAUGUUAUUAAUUUAACUAAGUAUCUGAAUAUAGGGAAGAUGAGAAGAUUAACAGAAUAUUUUUUUUAAAAAAAACAGUCAUAUCUAGCAUUUACAUGCUGACUAACACAAUUGUGCUCAUGCCUGGACAGAAGUUCCAUUAAAUUAAAUGGAGCUUACUUUUAGCUACUAGUAUAUAAAAAAUUUCUGUCUAAGUAACCAAUUCAUAAAUGAUUUCAGAUCCAUAUUAGGCAGUAAUAUAAAUUAAAUCUAUCAAAUUAAAUUGGCAAUUAAUAAAGACUUUUUCAUUUUUACACAAUGAAAGCUUACACAACCUAACCAUAGUGGGAUAUACUGCACUAAAUAUUGUAGCUAUUAAAUCAAAUUUAAUAAUAUUUAAGUAAUUUGACACGAUGUAUAAUUUUAAAAUUGAAUGCUACAUUCUCAUUGCUGUUGACAUUCUAUUUUCAUCUAAUUAUUGGUAAAAUAAAAUAGCUUCAAUAAUUAUUUUGUUAUAUCAUUCAUUGAUUUCUACUUUGCACUUACAAGAUCAGUGUCAAGUCUGCAUUGCAGUUUGAAAAAAAUACAAAAUACUCUUACAACCUGCUCUUCUAUUGCUACACAUUUCAAGUGUCCUAUAACACAUAUGUGUUAUUUAAACGUAUUAGGUGCAAAUUCAAAUAAAUUCAUUAACUUCAGUUAAGCCUGUGUACAACAUUCAAGUGUAAAAAUGGAUACAGAGCAUAUUAUAUUGGACAAUAAAGGAUAUUUUGAAAAGUAACAUUUGUUUAAUGAAAAAUUAUGCAUGGUAUUUAUGUACAAAUGAUAUUGCAGGAAAAAGAUUAUCUUUUUCAGGUGUUAUGUCCUCCAUACCAAUAAUGGAGUUCACAUAAUUUCAGUGCUAACAUAAGUUAAUGGCUUACAUUACUUUUCUCACAUUUCAAA